CUGGUGCAGUUUGAGCAUCAUGAGUUUUUCCAUUGAAUGCACAGAAAGAGGAAGUGAGACGUACAGCUGCGAAGGCGAUAUCAUUAGAGGAAGUAACUGACAGAACGCACAGAAACAACGCAGAGGUGAGACACAAAGGCAUUUCAACAAAGGUUUAAUCAAAGACGUCACCAUGGCUCAGGCUUGUCUGAAAUGUCUCAAGAUCACCAUGUGUGUAGCGAACUUCUUGUGUUUUCUCUCUGGCAUCGGCGUGUUGGGUCUGGGCAGCUACAUGAUCGUGAGUGAGGCGGCCAUCAUCGCUCCUUCUCUGGCGGGGCUGGAGUUGGCCCAUCUUCUGAUCAUCACGGGCAUCAUCAUCACCUGCGUGUCCUUCCUGGGCUUUCUGGGCGCGCUCAGAGAGAACCGCUGUCUACUGCUCACGUUCUUCUUGAUGCUCUUCAUCCUGAUGUUGGCUGAGCUCACUGCGGCCUGUCUGCUUCUGCUCUACGAGAACGACAUUUCCACUUGGCUCGAGGAAGAUCUGACAGCGACCCUGAAGAAGACUAUAGAAAAAACGGACAAUUCUACGAGUAUCAAUUUUUGGGACGUGACUCAGGAGAAGAUGGAGUGUUGUGGAGUUAAGAAUGAGUCAGAUUGGAAGGGUAAAAUCCCAAAGUCCUGUUGCAUCAGACCCUGUAACCCAGACGCACCAACCUACUACAAAACGGGCUGUUUUGAGAAAGCAAAGGUGCUUUUUGAGGACUAUUUUCUGACCAGUGGGAUCGUUGUCAUUGUUCUCUGCAUUGUUGAGGUUUUGGGGAUGUGUUUCGCCAUGACGCUGUUCUGCCACAUCAGCCGAAGUGGACUCGGAUACAAACUAUAGACCUCUCAUUACCAAACUGUGAAACUGACCUGGAGCUGUGUUUUGUUUCAUUCGCACAUGUUUAACACACAACCCGAAAACACUGUUCCACCUUGUGAUGUCACAUGGUAAUACAGGAAGUGCUGAAGAGUGAGUAACUGAAAAAAACAAAACACAACUCUAGCUCUGUUUUUGGGAUGGUAACAACAUUCUAACAGUUCACAAGAGUCUAUUUUGUGUAAUAUAAGACCUGUAAUGUAUGUGUUACAAACUGUGUUCAAGCUAAACUCUGAGUAAACUUUGGUACUUUUAACUUCAUAUAAAUACUUCAGGUUGUCAGAGGUAGGUAGUACUCAGAUUCACUGGAGUACUUUUUAGCAGCGUACAUUUACUCAAACUUGUAUUAUUUUCUUGAAGUAACAGUACUCUUACUUGAGUAAAACUUGUGCUUCCUCUUCCCGCUGAGUAAGUCUAACGUGACAAAAGCUUUAUGUGACAAUAUGAAAUGAUUUGAAUGUUAAAGGGCCCAUCUCAAGAAAAAAAUCUACUUUUCAGAGCUUUCUACCUUCUAAGAGUGAGUGUGUGGGCCUUGUAUUUGUCACCCAUGUGGUUUUUAGAUUGAUUCUGUGUCUUUUUUUAACAAAUUGCAGUGUAUUUCUGCCACCUUCCCACGUGACAAUGAACUAAAGCUACUACAACAAUGAAGCGGCAGAUACACCUGACACGUUUGACGUAACAGAAAGCGCUUCACACCCGCCCCCCUCCACCCAUCAACUGACAAUUCCCACAUGAACACUUAAACAAAAGUGACAGCAUAAGAUCAUCGUUCUCCACUGCAGUGAACGCGAUAUAAUAAGUUGAUCUACUAGUGUUUAUUAAAACUUUACCCAUCAAUAAAGUGGCAGCUGAUGUGGACGCGGUGCUUGAGCUUCGUGCUCCUCAAAGUCCUCAUCCGAUUCUGGGUCCAACACAUGCGGCUGAACUAGGAAUGGGCAUUCGAUGAAAUUUUCUUAAUGAUUAAUCGAUAAUCGAUCGUUAAUUCUUCCAACGAUUGAUUAACGUUUUUAUAUAAAAAUGAUCAUCAUUAUUAUUACUAUCUGCCCUAUUAAUCUGCAUAAAUAAAUUCAACUUUACGACAUAUAAACCAUAACGACUCUAGAGCCACAUCAGCCCGUUUGAGAUUAGAAUGUGUUUAAUUCAGUUUUGCUCAACUCUCACAGAAACAAAACUUAAAACCGCAUCGCUCAUUUGCAUAAACUAAGCGAAGAUAAAACUACAGCUCUUGUGUCGCUGAUGCGGUUGAACUUCUGUCGGAUUAAAAGACAUGACUCAGUGGAAUACAGGUUAGUGUGACCAUAUUUGCGUUUGUCAAAACCAGGACACCGUACGGGGGGAGGGAGGUGGGGACUCGUCAUCCACAUUGCGCGACUCAUGGACUCACACUUGUCCCGAACGCAACAGAAAGCGUGGAAUUUCUUGUACAAGUCAUUGUUAAAUAUGCAUUUGUGCUUCGGUACGUUGCAGACUGAACGACUGUAUCUUGCUCCUUCUGAUGCAGAGAGACACAUGUACAGACCCCUGUUUGGUCAUGUUACGCACAGCAAACUACAUUUGGUUUGUCGUUUAAAAUUAACGUAAUUGAUGAAAUUCUUAAUGAUCAAUUAUCGAUUAAUUGACUAAUCAUGCCCAUCCCUAGGCUGUACGCGCUGUAUCUCCAUGAUGAAUAAAAGUUUAUUCCUACCACUAUCAGGGUGCACGUCUGUCUCCCCCUCCCUCCCUGAGAUGGGCGGAGGAAGGGCGACUCACUCAGAGCCUGCAUCACGUUUGGAGGGCGGAGCUUGUGCUUUCUCAGGGAGGGCGGGGGGGAGGAGCAAUAGUCGGUCUUUCAUAGUUCCUGGUUUGUGACUGUCUCCAAGAAAUCAGUAAGAUUUCAGAACUAUUGUGUAAUGGAUGUUCCAAAACCCAAAUUGUGCUUGUUUAUGUGCAGAAGAUACAAUGUGAAAAUAAUUAUUUUACAUGAGAUGGGCCCUUUAAUAUUAUUGGAAAAAGCCUGUGUUCAAACUAUAAACCUUGAGUAAUCUGUGGUACUUUUAACUUUAUGUAAAUACUUCAGGUUGUCAGGAGUAGGUAGUUAGAUUCACUGGAGUACUUUUUUAGCUCCAUACAUUUACUCAGACUCGUAUUAUUUUAUUGAAGUAACAGUACUUUUACUUGAAUAAAAGAUGUGGUUCCAUUUCUCACUGUGAAUGAGUCUAUAGUAACAAAAGCUUUAUGUGACAAUCUGAAAUGAUUUGAACAUAUGUGUUUCAUUCUAUGAUUGAGUUUGUCUUAUUUUUGUGUUUAUCUUUUGGAAAUGGCAGAUUUUGUGCAUGAUUUCAUGUUUUGUAAUCAUCAAAUUACAUUAACUUCAAAUUAUAACUCAGAUAUUACUUACAGUUACUCUAUAAGUACUUUUUCCAAAUACUUUUUAUACUUACUGACCACUACUUUGCACUUUUACUUGAGUAAUAUUGUUCUGAAGUAACAUUACUCUGACUCUUACUUUUACUUCGACUUUUACUCCACCCACCUCUGCAAGUUGUGUACUAUUGUUUUAAAGGGGUAUUAUGUAACUUUUCUGGUGGAGAGUUCGUCAAAUGCUUUUCUCCAUGGAGAUCUUAUUGCUUUGUCCGGAAUGUUCCACAGUAAAAUUUGGUAACAGACCAAGUUACAGGUCAGAUCUGGAGAGGCGAUCCCGCUCACAGUCAGAAUGUCUGUUUUUUGAGGUAUUUUUAAGCUCUAAAUCCACCUGUAAAUGAAUAAAUGUAAAGUAGAGCUGUUUAAUGUCACACUGUGGAACAUUCCAGGCAGAGCAAUGACGUAUCCACGGAAACAAGCAGGUGACGGACCCCAAACCACAAAGUUACACGAUGCACGAUUGAUGUUAGUUCCGUUGAGCCUCUCUUUUGCUUGUAAAAGAAAAGUCAUCUUUAAAAAGCUAUAGCAGUAAUAAAGUAUUGUAUUGUUUGAAA